UGCUAUAUUAUUGCUAUAUACCAUUUCUAAAAACUCUAGUUUUAUAAAAAGAUGAGCUAUUAGCGGAGCGCACGAAAAAUAAAAUUUAUCUAACGGGUGUACGAAUGUUGGUCGUACAUGAAACAACUUUUAGAUAUUUUUUAAAAAAUGUAAUAAAAAAGUAUAAGACACAAUUUAUUAGUUAAUUCCAAAUACGAUAUUGAAAGGAUUGCUCGCGUUACUACAAGUUUUUAUUACACUUAUGAGAAUAUGAUAUUCUACAUUUUCUCGUGACGACAAUUUCGGGAUUGAGGUUGAGCAGGAUCUGCGGUUUUCCAAACACGGCCAAACGAUAAUAUCAAGCGUGGGAGUACAUGGGGAUACGUGGUAUUAUAAUAAAGACUGACUUCAAUUUGAGUGGAGCAUCGAAUUAAUAUUGUGCAACGUAGUUACAAGAUUUUGUAGAUAUGUAUAAAGUUAUCAUUAUUCUCUUUGUUAUUAUUUCUUUAACAUGGGGAGAAGAUUACUAUGAGAUCCUUGGUAUAAGCAGAUCGGCUGGUCAGGAUGAGAUCCGAAAGGCUUUUAAGAAGCUAGCUAUCAUCCACCAUCCUGACAAAAAUAGUGAUGAUUCAAAUGCUCAUGAUAAGUUUGUCAAAUUAACAACUGCCUAUGAAACGUUAAAGGAUAAUGACUUAAGAAGAAAGUAUGACCUCUAUGGGGAAGCUGGUCUUGAUAACUCUCAUAAGAAACAAACCUAUCAUUCUUGGAAUUAUUAUCAGAACAGUUUCAUAUAUGAUGACGAUGAACAUGUUAUCAAUUUGGGAAAAAGUGAUUAUUAUGAAAGUGUUGUUGACUCUGACUCAAGCUGGUUUGUCAAUUUCUAUUCUCCGAUGUGCAGUCACUGUCAUCACUUAGCACCAACUUGGAAGGAAGUUGCUAAGUUACUUGAUGGCGUUGUGAAAAUUGCAGCCGUUAACUGUGAAUAUAACAGACAAUUGUGUCAACAAGUGGGAAUCUAUGCCUAUCCUACGUUGCUCUAUUUCCACAAGAAUUCGCAGCACGGAGUGCAUUAUAGAGGAGAAAAAACACAGGAGGCCAUCACCCGUUUUGCAUUAGAUGGAUUAAAUAUUCACGUACCUGAAAUCAAUGAAUAUCAAUGGGAGCUACUCCUACGUGGAAAAAGUAUUGUCCAAAGACCUAUGUUAAUUUUCACAUGUGGUGAUCAACAAAACUGUUUCACUUCUGAUGAAAGACUUAUAGUAGCGGCUAUGUUUGAUGAACUAAUCGAUGUGAGACUGUUUACAUGUGAGAAAGGCGAUUGCCAUGAUAAGAUGUCUUAUAAUACACACGCAGUCUACUUACCAAUAUACAAUGCUUCUUCUUGGGAGCCUGUGUUCCUGGAUAGCAUAUCCGAUAUAAAUACAGUAAUAGAAAAACUUUUAGACCAAUUGCCUAGUCCACAGGAGCUAUCUGACAAUGAUUUUGAGCGUAUUAAAAAGUCCAAUGCUGCUUGGCUUAUAUGCUUUUACAUUGGCGAUACAGCAAAUUUGCGAAAUUUGAAUUUGCUGAUGAAGAAGUUUUCGGCUAGUGGUGUUAAUUUAGGUAAAAUGAAUUGCGGCAAAAAUGGACAGCUUUGUUCUAAAUUGGGUGUGAAUCGUUAUCCGAUCUGGGGCAUGCUCAAAUCAGGCGGAGCAUUUGAGUUGAACCACGGAAAAAAUAUGAAUAAUGAUAUUAUUAAGUUUGUACAAAUUGGUGUAAAAACUACAAAUGUAUGGGCUCUUUCUGCAGAGAAAGCAUUAUCAAUAUUACAAAGAAAUAAUGGAGAUGAAGUAUGGUUCUUAGAUUGGUUUGCACCGUGGUGUCCACCUUGUAUAGAGUUUCUAUCAGAACUGCGGCGGGCAUCGUUAGCAUUUGACGCGUCAACAAUUCGUUUUGGUACCAUUGACUGUACCACUCAUACUGCGCUAUGCCAUCAAUACAACAUACAGGUAUAUCCUACUGCAAUGCUUAUAAAUGGUAGCAGUACAUAUCAAUUUACGUUCCCAAAGACAGCUGCAAAUGUUAUUCAAUUCAUUAACGAGAGAAGAAAUCCAUCGGUUAUAAAAUUAACGUCGCAAAAUUUUCAUCACAAACUGGGAAAAAAGAAGAGUAAAGUUAUAUGGAUUGUUGAUUAUUUUGCGCCAUGGUGUGGGCCGUGUCAAAAAUUAGAGCCCGAAUGGAUGGCUGUUGCGAAAUCACUAAACAAUUUGUCGUUUAUAAACGUUGCCAGUGUAGAUUGCGAGACUGAGGCUUCCUUAUGCGCGUCCCAAGGUGUGCGUUCUUACCCCAACAUUAGAAUGUACCCUUUAGGAAGCGAGGGUUUAAAUACAGUCGGUUUAUACAAUGGACAGCGAAAUUCGUUAUCUAUAUUAACAUGGGUAACAUCUUUCUUCCCAAAAAAAAUUCGUGAUUUGAAUUCUUCUGAGUACCAAAAGCUAUUGGAUAGCAAGCAUAUAUGGAUCGUCGAUUUUUAUUUACCACAAUGCUGGCAUUGUCAAAAAAUGGAACCUGAGUUUGCAAUUGCUGCGCAGUUACUGGAGAAAGUGAAAUUUGGAAGAAUUAACUGUAACUUCUAUACAUAUGAAUGCGCACACAUAAAAGUUUUUCCAACGCUAAUAUUAUAUAAUUCAAAGCAAAAAAGACAAAAUAGACACGAUGGUGUCAAAGUUGUUGCAACGACGGCUGAGGUAAUCAAGAAUGAAGUUUUAGAGAUUAUUAAUUCUCGUACGAAACAUGACGAACUUUAAGAGACAAAGUGCCUAAAUUAAAUUUAAAACUUUUAUUUUAUCAUUGUAAUAAAUUCUUUCCUUGCAAUGUACAAUUUUAUCAUUGUAGUCAUAUGUAUGAAUUUUCUGUGCAACAUACGAAUAUUCAACUUUUUUUCAUAUACCAUCAUGUAGAUUUGAUACACAGAUGGAUAAAAUAUAUUAAUAAUUUCUUUUUUCGAUAUGUGAAUUAAUAGUUAGCUAAACUUAAUUAUUAAAUAGUUAUUUAUUAAAUAAUCAUUGAUAAUCAGGAUUAUAAUAUCCUAUGCUUAUAAGCCUCAUUUUCAUCGCAAGUAUUUAAAAAGUCCAUAUAUGAUUUUUUGUAUCUGAUAUAACUCAAUUUGUUAAAUUGUUGCAAUGAAGAUACAGGAGCCCGAACAAACUUUAGUAACGUACUUAUCUGUAAUUAACAUGUUACUCUACUGCCGUAUUGAUGUUAGUCGUUUAUCUGCGUUCCAUUCUUCCAAAGGAACAAAGAAGAUAACUAGAUCAGUUAUACUUUUAGUCCUAUUGUGAUAUACUUUUAUACUUUUUUUAUGUACAUAGCAAUUAAUAAAAUCUCUAUGAACAUAUUAAUAAAACCUGGAA